UUCUCUCCAGCAGCUCCAUCUCUGGCAGGUGGUGUGUUCGAGAGAAGCCUCAUGUUUAGAAAGGUAGCUAGGUAGUUAAAGGAAAUCAAUUUACCUUGGUUCACAUUUUUGCUGCAGUUUAUUUUUGUUUGAUGUGCCAAUAUUUUUCCCGGACGACGGGUUUAGGUGAAAUGGACGUCGGGUUUCCCCUUGAGCCAGCCACUUUCUUUUGAAAUCACACAGUGCUGCAUUGAGUGAGACCGAUGUGUGGUGAAUCACGGGUGCUAUUUAUCCUUGCAUUGAGGAAAAAAAGAUAGAUAUUGAUAGUUUCUUCUCGCACCGAAAAUCUUGAAUGAAUACCACGAACCACUGCUCCAAUAUGUUCCUCGUAUGAUUCCUUUCACUUCACCCACUAGUGAUGUACAUCGGCAGCUGUUUUUUUUUAAGUGGUCUUCCCUUUUUGUUUUGAUUUGGAGACAAUGCGGAGCCAUAUCACGACGAAGCACGUCUGAGGCGAGUUUUGGAGAAGACAAUGAGGAAACGUUUUUAUGAAGAUAGAGAAAAUAUAGAGGCCUCGUCCUUUGAGGGCCCAAAUCUGUGUAGAAAAAGGUGCUAAGUAGCAGCAUGAAUAACAUCCCCGGUUAGAAUGGGAACAAACGAGACUAGCGGCAUAGGCAAUGUAUUAAUGACGGCGAUUUUGGCAAGUUUAAAGCCGCCUAGAACAAAGAUAAGUAGCUUUCUUCACUGCUGAAGUAUUACAACGGAUUCCCUCCACACAAUUACAGGAGGAAUACCGCUCUACAAUCAACCCUCUUAUUUUCCUGCAUUUUACUUUCCAUUUGAUCAAUUUAUUUCCCAUUUUAACUGAUUUUUAUUCGUUUUUUUUUUUAUCUGGAUCCAACUCUGACUUUGUUCAAUGGAAGUAUGUUAUCAGCUGCCGGUUUUGCCUCUAGACAGGCCGGUUCCUAAGCAUGUCCUCAGCCGGAGAGGAGCCAUCAGUUUCAGCUCCAGCUCGUCUCUCUUCGGGGCUCCUGAUCCAAGGCAGCUGUCACAGAGACGAGGGGCCAUCUCGUAUGACAGCUCAGAUCAGACUGCUCUGUACAUUCGUAUGCUCGGGGCUUGUGUUAUAUUCAAACAGCUGUUCCCAAGAGAUGUUCGAGUGAGAAGUCAGGUAGGAUUUGAACCAGAAGGAAGAGGUUCCUAUCCGUAUCUGUGCAUUGACUUCCGGACCCUACACUCCUGCUCAGAAUCCACCUCAGCCUCUAGUCUUAUCCCUGGUCCUGGCUUCAUCUCGGCUGGGCCCGUGUCUGGUAGGCGGCUCCGCAGACUGCUCAGCUUCCAGAGAUACCUACACUCGUCCCGUCUGCUCUGGGGAACAACCCACCUCAACCCCCUCCACAUCCUGGAUGAGGACUACAUUGGACAGGCCAAGUGUAUGCUGGAAAGGGUCGGGAGCUGGAAUUUUGACAUUUUCCUCUUCGACAGAUUAACGAAUGGAAACAGCCUGGUGACGAUGACCUUCCACCUCCUGAACCAGUAUGGUCUGCUGGAGCUGUUUCAGCUGGACAUGGUAAAGCUGUGGCGCUUCCUGGUCAUGGUGCAGGAGGACUACCACAGCCUCAACCCCUACCAUAACGCUGUGCACGCUGCUGAUGUCACACAGGCCAUGUACUGCUACCUGCGAGAACCCAAGCUGGCCAAGUCCCUGACGUCCUGUGACAUCCUCCUGGGCCUUCUAGCAGCUGCUACUCAUGACCUGGACCACCCGGGAGUCAACCAGCCUUUCCUCAUCAAGACCAACCACUACCUGGCCAAGCUCUACAGGAACUCCUCUGUUCUGGAGAACCACCACUGGCGGUCUGCAGUAGGUCUGCUCAGAGAGACUGGCCUGUUCUCCCACCUGCCUGCUGAGGAAGGGCUGAAGAUGGAGCGCCAGCUGGGUUCUCUGAUCCUGGCCACUGACAUCAGCAGACAGAACGAGUACCUGGGGAAGUUCAGAACACACCUGAACCAGGAUGACCUGUGCCUGAGCAACGCCAGCCACCGACACUUCAUCCUCCAGAUGGCUCUGAAGUGUGCGGACAUCUGCAACCCCUGCAGACCCUGGGAGCUGAGCAAACAGUGGAGCGAGAAAGUGACUCAAGAGUUUUUUCACCAAGGAGACAUUGAGAAGAAGCACAAACUUGAAGUCAGUCCACUGUGUGAUAGCCAGAGAAACUCAAUGGGAAACAUUCAGAUUGGUUUCAUGACGUAUGUGGUGGAGCCUCUGUUUGCUGAGUGGGGUCGGUUCUCUGACACGCGUCUGUCCCAGACCAUGUUGGGCCACCUGGGGCUGAACAAGGCCAGCUGGGGUGGGUUAGUACAGCAGGAGCGGCCGUCGAGCCCCGACGAGUUGGAACCUAGAAGACCCGCCUCCGUCACCAUGCCAACGCCUGCCAUCACUGAGUCAGAACCAGAGUCUGCCUCUGCUGUGGAACCCACAGCCGUCACCACGGCAACAGCCACGGGAGCAACCAACUCCAAAGAAAUACCUCGGGGAAGGAAAGAGUCCUGACACUCCACGUUUGCCCUUACAACCCUGACCCUUAACCCCGGGCCUCACCACACUGGGUGGUGGAAGGGGCAGGGUGUGGACUUCAAACCCUACCCCCCCACCUGAACUUUAAGUUUGUUGCUUUUGCGUCCCGUCUUUGACAAACCACUGAUUUUAUUUAAUUUUUAAUUCCUUUCCUUGACAUGGAGAAACACCUAGAUACCUCAUGUGGCUACUGCUGUAUUAUUUUUAUUAGCUUGUUUUAUUUAUUUGUCCUCUGAAGUUUUGGCCUUACUAAUUUGACACUAUUUUUGGUGGCAAAGUGAAUCUAAGGGAAUGACAGUAACUGAAGAAUACACUUUUCUAGUUGAAGUGCCAUUUUCAAACCAAGUUCUACAGGAUGCUUUGAAAGUCAUUGAGAAGAGGCUCUCUAAAGACUGCACACAAAUGACAUGGUGUGUGUUGAUUUUAUAACGUAUCUUCUUCCUCGUGUAAAAAUAAAAAGUGACAUGCCCAGUCCUUUCGCUGCCUCUAUGAAGACUGUUUACAGACGUCUUUGUUGUCACAUCGAAAUGAAUCAUUUCGGUUCCGCCUUCUAAGCACAGAUGUGAAGAAACAUCAGCGUUUGAACUACUGCUGAAGUGGAGCACAAAGCCUCCGUCUGACAGACGGACAGUCACCAGAUGCCAUAAAGGAAACACCACCUGUGCUCCAUUGUAUUCCUCUUCUCCUUGCGCUCCCAAAAGACUGACAUGUUGGACACCGCUUCUGUUCUGAAAGAAUUUGGGACAGACGGAAUGGUAUUCUAGAAUGCAAUGGUAUUGUAGAAUAGAACCAAUAUGAAAAAGCAUUAUUGUAGACUGUAGAGCAUGGGUGACCUAGAUCUGUCACCCUGGAUCCUUUCACACGCAUCUCAUCUAAACUCCAUCACAAUGCAACUCGCUCAGGGUUUUGCCAAUCUCUAUCCCAAGGUAUAGGUUGGACUGUAGUAGUUUAGCUACCUGGUAAACAUGUUUACGUCUACUGAAUGGGACUCUCUCUGAAUGUCUCAUCAUAGCCACAUGCAACCUAGAGGACUGCUCUACCGAUGCCUUAACUAUGCACAAACUACGCUAAGUGACCAAACCAGCUUCUACUACUCAUUAAGUGCAUCGUAUGCUUGCACUCUGUCCCCUUUGCCUUUUUGUGAGUAAACUCAAUCCUUUUUUUACAUGGAAACAUUCCAUCUAAUUUAGGUGGUUUUUUUCUGAUUCUGUAUAGACGGCACAGAUGUUUUGAACAAUAACGGGUGCUUUUUAUUUUAGCUGAUUUGUAAUUUUGCUGUAAGACUGUUGAUAAACUGUUUACAAUUUUUUUGCAGCAGCCAUUUUGGGAAGAUGACUUCAGUAUCAAGCCGUUUUGUAAAGGCUUUGCUGUGUUGACCUUUUGAUACAUGUUGCAGUUUGAUUAAUAAAAACAGUUGACAAAUUUCAAUGAUCCAAUUGAACUUCAGUGUUCAGCAUCAAACAGGGCUGUAUUGAGUGAUACUCAACAUCGCAGCUUAAUGUAAUGAAUAGAGCUGACAUGACAGGCAACUCCGUUCUACAUCAUACCGUUCUGAACAUGGAGCUUCAGGGCUCGACUAUGUAGACUGAAAGGCUCCCAUUUUAGCGGAGACCGCAUUCACGUCAACUCAUUUGGAAAUGACCUUUUUUACAUUUCUGUAACACUUCAGUGAUGGAUUGUAAGCCCUCGGUCAUUCAUUGUUCAACCACUCAAGGUCUCUGCUUGUGCACAGAUUACUAUAAAUGUGCAAACAGUGCCUAUUUACCUGAAAUGUAUCUUUGAGAAUUGGGGAAAAAACAUUUCAUGCACACAGUCAUUGGUUUUAUUCAUACAUUUGAUUCUAGGUUUGUCAAAUGUGGAUGACAUUUCCUAUGUUAGGGUUUUAAGUCAAGUAUUACUGACAGUUGUCCAUGUUCCCUUAUACUCCCACCAUGCGAAGGUUCAAAGCUUAAUAUUUUUCCAUGAAAUAAACUGGCCAAUGUCUUCAAUUGUU